AUGUUAGCUGUUGUAAUAGCUUGAGCUUGCGUAUCGCGAUGAAGCCAGUGGAGAGAAGAAGCCCUUUAGCAGUUGUUGUCCAGUGUUGGCAGAUAGUACAGGGGAUAUGGGCUGCAGAGAACAACCAUCUUUGGUAGGGCAAUUUACAAAAGGUGUGUUAGCUCCCUCGUAAUGAUGUGUGUUUGCUUAUCUCACUUGGUACCAGUGCCACAGAUGAUCCGGCUAGCUGAUUAUUGAAAGCGACAUAUGAGCAAAUGGCAGUGAGGUCCCUCUCUGUGUCCUGCUGAAGGUUUCCUUAUAGCAGUGAACGCAAAGGAACAUCCUUGACUCAACGAAAUCAAAGCUUUUUAUGUCAUUGUUUCACACUGUAACGUUUAACUGGAGUUAUCAAGUUAUCAAGGCACCAUGUUUAUUUUCCAAAGGGCUAAUAAUACGAGCUGCCUGGAGCCAGAUUAACAUCAGCAAACACUGGUUUCCACUGGAGCUGCAGUACAAGGCCUAGUCACUGCUAACAACAGGUAUCUGAUAACGACUCACAGACAAGCUGGCCAUAAGGCUGCUUGCUCCGGUUUAACCAGGCUAAUGAUUGUAAUAAAGAAGUGUGUCUGGGCUCCAACUGUGGCUUUGUUUUCCAAACAAGGGCUACAAAAUGGCUAGCAACUGUUUUCCAUCCAGCCUUUAACACUGAUGUGUCAAGUCAGCAUCCAUCAACAAGUUUACUGUAAAUCCAUCAGUGUUAUGUCUCAAUAGCUGUUUUUUCUUACAGUGACAUUAACCUGUUGUUUUGAUGCUGUAACACGGGGGAAAGGUAGCUCCCCUCCUGGUCAAAUUUGCACCUGUUGAAUUGACAUUAUUUUUGCAAUCCUAAGUGCUCCAUCAAUCACUUGAAAGCAGUAACCAGAGGGCACUCGGUUGUGUUUGGCAUGAGUUUGUGAGUAAUGAUCGAGGUAAUCCACUAAACUGUACCAUGCCUAGUAGUCUGUCUGGAGAGCACUGAUCUUGACCUGCUUUCUGACUGGCAGCAGUCCACACAGUCUUGCAGCCUUGUGCCUCAAGCCACCUGUAGUUCCGGCGAGGAGGGGCUAAGGGUUGGUACAAUAAUAAUGAGAUGCAAACAGCAAGCUUCAGACACACGCCGUUAACACGUUUUAUUUGUAAUUAAGAUUUCUGUUUGUAGGGAUUUAAAUAUCUAGACCCAAAACAAAUCCACAUCUAGUACACCAGCAGUUUUUUUUAAAGAAAGCAUGCAGCAUGAUCUCCAGUAAGGGUGACUUUAAGCAUAGAGGACAUCUCUAUAGAGAACUGCUUUGUUAAACUUUACCACCAGAGAGUGGUACAAGAUAACUUCUCUCUUAGUUAGUCAUUGGGUGUUACACACAGGCCUACUUCCUUAUCAGGACUCUGAAUGCACCACAGCUGUGCAGUGUUUCUACCAUAAUGUUAUGAGGCUGGCCCAUAUGUGUGCUUCGCUUAGUUCGCGUACUUUUGUCAAAACAGUGGCACCGUUAGGCAUGGGAGGCCAGUGUUUUCAAAUGACACCACAUAGUUUUUCUUUGUAGACAUGCAGCUGCCCAUUGCAACUUGAAGCAGAAGACUUGAACAGGAAGCUUAACUUGUGUGGUUAGCCAAGCAUUGUAGUGCAUACAGGAAGCUAGUAUCACUCAUUGGUGUUCGGUCUGAAGACGGUUACUUUGCCUGGGAGCCUGUACACUCACACAUCAAGAUAGUUGGUCUCAAAAUGUCCCAGGGAUCCUUAGCCAGCCGUAUUUUCAACAAAUGUCGGAAGAGUAGCCAAGAGCACAGAGCGCAAGAGUGUGAGGUACCACGAAUCUCGGAGUUUACCAUCAUGUGGGAUAAGUUGAUGAAAGAGUUCUUAGCUAAAGCCAAAGAAGAUUUUUUAAGAAAAUGGGAGUGUCCACCGCAGAGCACAACGGGCCUGGAUGACUUCGAUAGGUUCAAGACUCUGGGCACGGGCUCAUUCGGGCGAGUUAUGCUUGUCAAACAUAAAGAAACAAACCAGUUCUACGCCAUGAAGAUCUUGGACAAACAAAAAGUGGUCAAGUUGAAGCAGAUAGAACACACACUAAACGAAAAGAGAAUACUACAGGCCGUCUCCUUCCCCUUCCUCGUCAGAUUGGAGUAUUCGUUCAAGGACAACUCAAACCUCUACAUGGUGAUGGAGUACGUUCCCGGUGGAGAGAUGUUCUCACACCUCAGACGUACUGGAAGGUUCAGUGAAAACCAUGCAAGAUUUUAUGCAGCUCAGAUAAUACUCACCUUCGAGUACCUUCACUCCCUGGACCUUGUCUACAGAGACCUUAAGCCUGAAAACCUGCUCAUAGAUCAACAUGGGUAUAUCCAGGUCACAGACUUUGGCUUUGCCAAAAGAGUAAAAGGCAGGACCUGGACAUUGUGUGGAACUCCUGAGUACCUGGCUCCAGAGAUCAUCCUCAGCAAGGGCUACAACAAAGCUGUGGACUGGUGGGCACUUGGAGUCCUUAUCUAUGAAAUGGCUGCCGGUUACCCUCCCUUUUUCGCUGAUCAGCCUAUCCAGAUCUACGAAAAGAUUGUGUCUGGAAAGGUACGAUUCCCCUCUCACUUUAGCUCCGACUUGAAGGACCUGCUGAGAAACCUGCUCCAGGUAGACCUGACAAAGAGAUAUGGCAACCUGAAGAAUGGUGUGAAUGACAUAAAAAAUCACAAGUGGUUCUCCACAACAGACUGGAUUGCCAUAUACGAGAGAAAGGUUGAAGCCCCCUUCUUGCCAAAGUGCAGAGGACCAGGCGACACGAGCAACUUUGACGACUAUGAAGAGGAGGACAUCCACGUCUCACAAACAGAAAAGUGUGCAAAAGAGUUUGCUGACUUCUAGUGAGGGGGCAAGAGUCCCAUCAGGGCUCACGUGUUUUAGGAUAUUUGCACUCUCCUGAGGGUUAAGGUGGAACUGAGGCCGUCACGUGUUCAAAACAAAUGCCUCGUUCCUUCAUUCCACACAGCUGAAUGAGAUCCUUCUUGCCAUGAUCCUGCGUGCAUUUAGCACUAACCUAUACACAGGCACAUUAUGCAGACACCCCUCGUGCUGCAACACAAAAAUACUAGACCACGUUCUCAUCUUUGUCAUUUUUCUUCUUUUUUUUUAUGUUUGCCACCUUUGAAAUAGCCCUCUUCCCUCCUUAUUUCAAUUCAAAUAAUUAUUUGAAAAGCAACAUGAAAAUUAAUAUUAUUCCCAUUUUCCAGUGGCACAAAGAGUGAUUGAUUGUAUUAGCUGGUAUUGCACAUAUUGUGAUUUAAGCUUUGGGAAAAUAGAAGGGAUUUUUAUUUUUUUUUUUCCUAAUUUCUACCAUUGAGUUCUGCCAGUUAUGUCGUCUGUUACACGCCUUGGUGUGUUAGUUUUUGCGUUCAGGUUAUUAUGCAUUAAUCAUGAACACUUUAAUCAUUAUUCAUCAUUCUGGUGUCCUUAAGACCUGGAACCGUGUAUUUGUGCAUAUAGAAAUAUACAUAUAUGAGACAUAAGAUUUUCAUACGCUUUGUGUUGUAAAAGCAUGACCAAAAUUCAAACAAAGAAACUGGUGUUUAGUGAAGGAAAAGCGACACUGAUGACUUCUUGAAGUUUUAGCACUCGGUUUUCGGUUCUUGAGGAGAUGGAUCUACAGUGACGAGUGUUAUUAUGAAGCGGUAACCUGUCAGUGCUGUAUUAACUGAUCAAUUGUAGCAUUGUUUUAUCCAUAUCCGGUCAUAGGACAUUUCCUUUUUACCUCAGACUAGGUUUGGUAUUUAAAUGAAUGGAAUGAGAUGAUAUAUAUUUUUCAGGUACAAUUCUGUUUCACAAGAUAAGAAAAACCGAAGUUUGAGUAACGUCACUCCAAACAGCGAGACAUCUGUCUUUGGUACGUCCAAAAAUUUAUGAUUUGCAUCGACAUGCUGAAAGGUCAGUUUGUUAGGUUUUCGUGAGUAGGUUGUUGUGGGUUCAAAGCAGUGUUGGUCACAUGGGCAGAUUUUGUCCAUUUGGGGGGGGGUUGCUUUUUGAUUUUGUUCUGAAAGGCUAGUCGUGCUUCAGCACUUGAAAGACAUUGUGUACCCGCCAUAUUUGUUUUAUUUUACUUUUUACUUUUGCAUGUGUGUUUCGUUUUUACAGCAGCGUCACAACAAGCUAAUAGUUCCCUGAAAGUGUUCCCAUCUUUUUGUUGUCGUUUUUUUUGUUUUGUUACCUCCUAAAUUGUUUCAUAACCUGGAACAUUGAUGCAUUAGAUAGGCAAUUUUUAUCUGAGUGACAUAUUCCUCUGCAUAAUCCCGUGAAAGAAAAAUUUAAUAAUUAACCAUGAAAUGAUAACAGAAAACUGAAACAGCAUAACCUUAAAGUAUUCAUUCAUCUUGGUCACUACUUGGUUCAAACAUAUACUUACCUCAACUAUAGCGUGUAGUCUAUUUGCAUCAUUUUUUAACCAAUUUGUACACUGUGACGGAGCAAUAUUUGCUCGUUCUUCCUCGCAAAAUUGCUCAGGCUGAGUCAGGUCAGUUAGAGAACGUUAACGAACAAAAAUGUUGCGGUCUUGUUAGAGACUUUCAAAGGGAAUAAGGUCGAGAGUCUGACUUUGAAGAACAUUUUUCUUUUUCAUUGUAAGCCACUCCUGUUAAGUUAUUGUCUACCCAUAUUUAAUAAAUUGUUUCUCCCCUCAAGAGAAAUAUAGGUUUAAUGAGGGAUUUUUUUUCUAUGUUGGGGCACCGUUCAUUUCCCAUGAAUUCUGACACAUUGCCUGUCCUUGCUGCUGAAAUGUACUAGUCCCUGCCUCUGUGUAUUUAACAGGUGAUCCUAGAAUCUCUAUGUCAAAGGUACAAUACCUACAAGGCCAAGGUGUCCACUUGUUGAACUUCCAGAUGUCAGAAAAGCCCCUGAUUGCUCCUGCUCCUGUGAUCCUUUGAUUCCCUAGAGGGGGAAGUUUGUCUCUGACGUCCACAGGGAGGUCAGAGUUUGAGGGCAUUUCUGCAGGUCGGACACUCAGGGUCGUGGGGAAAUCAAAGUUUUCACCUCUCGUUCGAUACAAUAAUGCAUUCGUUGACAGUCUUUCAAUUUAACAUCUCUUAAUUCUUCUGAGGUUUUGAUCAUUAUUUGACAUGGUGCUCAAGUGUUUGUAGAUGUGAGAAAAAUGCAAUUUAAUCAAGUUCAACAAUCUUAGACAACCAAAAGUGAAAAAGCUUUGGGGACUGAAUGCUUUUUUUUUUUUUUUAAAGGUACUGAUGUACUGUAUAUGGAUAUUGGUUAUGCCUGAAUUUAAACUUUUCUUUUAUAUAUUGAGCACAUGAUGUGAUAUUUUAUUUAGCCCUAAUUUUAUUUCAAAAGGCACAACUGUUUCUUAUGGAAUUUUUUAUUUAUAUUAGAGAUGUCUAAUAAAGUUACAUUUCAAAUGUUUAAACCUGCAUAAAAGUAGUUCUCAGUAUAUAUAAAGAUACUGUUUUAUUAACGGAAGUGUUAUAAACAGUAAAUAUAUUGGAUUAUUUAUUUGUACAACCUUUAUUUUCGUUUGCCCUCGUUGAAAAUAAAACAUUUAUAGAAAUGAAUCUAUUUACCACAGUCAGUACACAUUGAUGUCUCUCAUGCCUAUUUAAAAUUUUAGCCUUUUAAUCAGUUAAUAACUUUCUUCUUCUUUUUUUAAAUGUUUUAUUUCUUAAAUUCACUUUAUUAAAAGAGAUCCAGUUUAUUAUUAUUUUCCCAGUUUGAAGGGUUGAACAGAAUGUAAUUGCAGAAUCAUCAAUUGGGAAUAACAUUUUUAUUUUUAUUUUUUUGACAAACUUUGAAUACUACACCUGGGAAUUCAGCAUGUUUCAAUCCAAACUGCCUGUGUGUAAAUCUUCCCAGAAAGUGUGUAGGAACUCCACAGCUCUUCUUAUGUGUCAUUUAUCCCUCCCCCAUGUGUGUAAUAAUGUUUGUCAUAUUUGAUGUAAAUGAUGGCACUUCUCCCUGAGCCACCUCACACUCCUGACUGAAGGAAAUCAGUUUAAGUUCUUCGUAGCUAGUCACACAUACCAGUAUGGGAUCAAUAAUCUGAAAUGUGUCUGUAUUUAGUUUGUGGGAUAUUUUGCACAUCAUCUAGAAGGCUGACACAUUUUUUCCCACCCAUAUUUACUUGUGUUUGCAAGGGGAAUAUACUUUGCUGUAGCAGAUUUUAUGUAACAAAGGAAAUGUCACUAUAAUAAAUUCUUUUUUAUUGAAAAGUA